UUCGGUGGCCUGUCCGCUACUGUGAAAAAUAGUGAACCCCGUCUACUUCUUCACAUCAGAAUCCAUGGCGGCUGAGGGAGCGAAGGUCCCGAGAAUGAAGUUGGGUUCACAGGGCCUGGAAGUGUCGGCUCAGGGGCUGGGCUGUAUGGGCAUGUCCGCCUUCUACGGCCCGCCCAAGCCCGAUGGGGAUAUGAUCACCCUCAUCCACCACGCCGUCGACUCCGGCGUCACCUUCCUCGACACCUCCGACAUCUAUGGCCCUCACACCAACGAGAUCCUAGUCGGCAAGGCAUUGAAGGGAGGUGUGAGAGAAAGGGUUGAGUUGGCAACAAAGUUUGGAAUUAGUUUUGCUGAUGGGAAGAGAGAUAUAUGCGGAGACCCAGCCUAUGUGCGGGCUGCAUGUGAGGCCAGCUUGAAGCGGCUCGACGUUGAUUGCAUUGACCUAUACUAUCAACACCGCGUUGAUACACGACUGCCCAUUGAAAUCACGAUGGGAGAACUUAAGAAGUUAGUCGAAGAGGGUAAAAUAAAAUACAUAGGUCUAUCUGAGGCUUCGGCUUCCACAAUCAGAAGAGCACACGCUGUUCAUCCAAUAUCGGCAGUGCAGUUGGAGUGGUCUUUGUGGUCGAGAGAUGUUGAGGAAGACGUAAUUCCUACUUGCAGAGAACUAGGAAUUGGGAUUGUUGCAUACAGUCCUUUGGGCAGGGGAUUUUUGUCAUCAGGUCCAAAGAUGCUUGAGGAUUUCACAAAUGGAGAUUUCAGAAAGUAUUUACCAAGGUUCCAAGCUGAAAACCUUGAGCACAACAUAAAGUUAUAUGAAAGGAUUGUUGAAAUUGCUGAAACGAAAGGGUGCACUCCCUCGCAACUAGCAUUAGCCUGGGUGCACCAUCAGGGGAACGAUGUAUGCCCCAUUCCUGGUACCACUAAGAUCGAGAAUCUCAACCAGAACAUUGGUGCUUUAUCUGUGAAGUUGACGCCAGAAGACAUGGCCGAGCUUGAAAAAAUCGGCUCAGCUGAUGCAGUCAAGGGCGAUAGGUAUUCGCCCGACAUGAGAACUUGGAAAGAUUCGGAUACUCCUCCGUUGUCAACAUGGAAGGCUGUGUAAUGGAAUAUGCUUUCUCGGCCUCUAUCGGCAUCUUGUAAUGGUAUCGGAGGUUUGAGUUUAAUGGUAUGAGAGAUGUUUUUGAGAAUAAGAAGUAUUAAGGGCAGGAUGACACUGUUUCUUGAUCUUUUGGAUUGUCCUAAUAAAGUACAAUGGAACAGCAAUUAUGGUUUUUUUUUUUUUUUCAAAGUUGUCUAAUUUAGUCUUUGAAUGUCAAAUGAUUUUAACUA